AUGUUUGUGGGAGAGGUUAAUGCAAGCAGAGGGAUCGAAGCGACCGGGUUCAAAUCUGUUGGAAACUACGUUGGCAGGACAACCCGUGGUGGGAAGGCGGGAGACGUUAUCGCCGUUCUUUAUGGCAGCCAAUUUCCAGUCGUGCUUCGACAACUGGGAAUUGAGAAAGAACUCCGGUAUCAAUUCAUCGGACCCUGUUAUGUCAAAGGACUCAUGUUUGGAGAGGCGGUUGAUGCGUCAGAGGUUCUGGGAGAUAGGGGUGCGGGGAUUGAAAGCUCUACAGCCAUGUCACAAUUCGACAAUGAUAUUUGGUAUGCCUCAGUCUACUGUGCUCUUCCUAUUGCGACGAACGAGCUUCGUAUUCUGAGCGUGCACCCCGCCUCAACUAUCGAAUCGCCAGUCAUCGCCGACCUUUUCAUUGAGAACUUCCAGAGUCGGCAAAACUCCUAUGAAGCCCUUUCAUACACUUGGGGUGAUUCAUCCAACACCGAAAUAAUCACUGUCAACGGUGUAGAAAUCCAUGUUACCAGAAAUCUGCGACUGGCGCUACAGACCUUGAGACACCAAUCCCGAAACCCAAGCAAAGCCGUUCAGCUUUGGGUUGAUAGUAUCUGUAUCAACCAAGAUAACGUGGCCGAGCGAAAUACCCAAGUGUCCCAGAUGGGAAAGAUCUACUCCCAAGCUGCACACGUAGCUAUCUGGCUGGGGGAUGCAUCGAAAACAUCAGAGGCUGCGAUGAAGCUUCUCAACGACUGUUACAAACUUGAAUUGGAUGUCGAAAUCAUUGAGAGGGUCGUCAGUGACGAGCUUGGCGGCCGAGCACUGACGGAGCUUCUGCAACGGCGGUAUUGGAAACGCAUGUGGAUAUUUCAAGAGAUUGUGUUGUCUCAGUCAGCGACAGUGUACUGUGGCCAGCGUAGCGCUAGAUGGGACGUCUUCAAACGGCUCGACAUGAUCUCCAGUAGACCGUCCUUGUGGCCAGGAAUGGAAAUUCGUAAAGGCUGGGUUUUGGAUCUUCGUCGAGCGUUUUUCAGCAUUGCCCAGUUCUGCAUAGGAAGAGAGGAGGCUGGAGACAUGACAAAUGUCCUCCAGCCCACGAGGAAUCUGGAAUCAUCUGAUCCUCGCGACAAGCUUUAUGCUCUACUAGGCGUGUGCGAUGCCGACUCGUUACCGCCGCCAGACUAUUCCAAACCCGCCAGAGACGUGUUUAUCGACUACACAAAAACCUUUAUUCGUCAGGAUAACGACUUAUCUAUCCUUUUGACCGCAGGACCGUGGAAUCCCGAGAAUGGAGAGGAUAUCGAUCUACCGUCGUGGACGCCUGACUAUCGAGGUAUGAAAGGUAUGGAUAUUCGAUAUUUCGCAGCCAGUCACUUGGGAUACUUCAAUGCGGCAAAGAGCGAACCCCCCAGUCAAGAAACAUCGAUGCACCACUCGAAUCCAGGAUCCAUUCCUAUCGACGGUAUCAUAUUGGAUGUCGUCAAGACCACUGUCAACUUAGGAGGAGGGGAGACCAGCCGUCAAAUGGUUCUCAAACAGAUAGACCCACGUGCCUUAGAUGAUCACCCAACUGGCAAAUCUCAGUUUGAAGUAUUCUUCGAAACGAUGAUAUUCGACAACAUCACAUUACACGGCGGCAACAGAUCAGACAGUUCGAUAAGAAAGGAAAACCUCACACGACUAGCAGUUGGCUUUAUUCAAGAGCUCCAGCUAUUCUACCAAGAAAACAGAGUCCACCAAAAGAACGAGGCGAAGACUCAAAUGGGAUUCGAGAUGCCAUCAUCGGAACUGUUUACUGCCGCCGCCGAGGAGCACUACAGGCUUUCUACGACGGAUCCUGAAGAUCUUCAUUGGCGCCGAGAAGAAUACGUGAUGAGGACCGAGGAGGUUACUCAAGGUAGUCUGACCAGCAUUUUUGCGACGGCAAGCAAUUACAUUGGAAGAGGCUUGAAGACCAUCAGAAAUGGCGAUAUCGUCGCAGUCAUAUUCGGAUGCAAGCUCCCAGUCGUUCUCAGACAAUGCGGGGGGCCGUCGACAUUCCAGUUCAUCAGCCCUUGCUAUGUCAGUGGCAUAAUGGAUGGGGAAGCAAUGGACGGCCUAGACUAUGAGUGCUUUCCAGACGCAACCAAGUCCAACGCUUUGCAGGUUAGGCGAUUACAUUUAGUAUGA